AAUCAGACUCGCGCCUGCAAUCAGACGCUUCACCUGCAAAGCGGUGCGGGGAAACAUGCGUCCCUGUCGGAUCUUAUAGGCUGAUCAAACCGAACCAAACCCCGCGUGUAUUCAUUCACCCGCAUCUGAGACGCAGGAGCUCGAACCUACGACGCGCAAGUUGGCAGCGUUUUUGACUGCUGCCAUGGCGACCCGCGCCCCCUUCCUCCCGAUGCUCUUAGCCGUCCUGCGAUUGGCUGUCUGCUCCUUUCCAGAAGAACCCGGGCCUUUGAUAUCCACCCCGUCUGAAGUUGCCAGGCGGUACCCUGUGUUUCUGGGCCGGGCGCAUCGCUCCUAUACGAGGCAGGAGCCGCUCUACAUUCAGACGGUCCUAAAGGUCAACAGCACACUUUACAUCGGUGCCAGAGAUGACCUUUAUCGAGUUGAACUGGACCAUGUGUCGGGAGAUGAGAUGUUCUACAGCAAAAAGCGAACGUGGGAAUCCAACAAGAAUGACAUCCGGAUCUGCAGAAUGAAGGGCAAACACGAGGAAGAGUGUCGUAACUACAUGAAGGUGUUGCUAAAUCAACAUGACGGCCUCUUUGUGUGUGGGACCAACGCCUUCAACCCGCUGUGCACCAAUUACACAAGAGAUACUCUGGAGAUGGUAGGAGAGCCCAUCAGUGGAAUGGCAAGAUGUCCAUAUGAUCCCAAACAUGCCAACGUUGCCCUGUUUGCAGAGGGCAACCUCUUCACCGGUACGGUGACUGAUUUCCUCGCUAUUGACGCCGUCAUCUACCGAAGUUUGGGAGAGAGUCCUGCUCUUCGCACCAUCAAACACGAUUCCAAAUGGUUCAGAGAGCCCUAUUUUGUGAGUGCAGUAGAGUGGGGUCCUCACAUCUAUUUCUUCUUCAGAGAGAUGGCCAUGGAGUUUAACUAUCUGGAGAAGGUGAUGGUUUCUCGUGUGGCACGUGUGUGUAAAGGAGAUCUCGGAGGAUCUCAGCGCGUGUUAGAGAAACAGUGGACAUCGUUCCUGAAGGCCAGACUGAACUGUUCCAUCCCAGGAGAUUCUCAUUUCUACUUCAACCUGCUGCAGUCCACCAGUCCCAUCAUCCGCAUGCACGGCCGAGACAUCAUCCUGGGAGUUUUCUCCACCCCUCCCAACAGCAUUCCUGGCUCAGCGGUGUGUGCUUUCGACAUGCAGCAGCUGGCACGGGUGUUCGAAGGCCGGUUCAAGGAGCAGAAGACUCCGGAAUCGAUCUGGACCCCUGUGCCUGAGGAGCUAGUUCCCAAGCCCAGGCCUGGAGGUUGUGCAGUUCAGGGCUCCAGAUACAGCUCUUCCACCUCGUUCCCUGACGAGGUGUUGAAUUUCAUAAAGACUCAUCCCCUCAUGGACGAGGCCGUCCCUCUGCUGGGACACAGACCCUGGAUAAUCAAAACAAUGGUCAGGUACCAGCUGAACACCAUGGUUGUUGAUACGGAGGCGGGUCCACACCAGAACCGUACUGUAGUGUUUCUUGGGUCUACCAGGGGCACUGUUUUAAAAUUCCUCAUCACUCCUGGUAGAGACAACAUUUUCUCCAGUACCAAUGUCUUUCUGGAAGAAUUAGAGGGCUAUAACCCUGAGAGGUGCGGCGAUGACUCCAUACAGGCCCGCACGCCACUCUCUCUCACCCUGGACAGACACAGUCACACCCUUCUGCUUGCCUUCCACUCCUGUUUGGUGAGGCUGCCCGUAGCCCGGUGCCAACUGCAUUCGCGCUGUAUGAAGAACUGCAUCUCCUCGAGAGAUCCUUACUGUGGUUGGACCAGAGGAAGCACAUGUUCUCUCCUUAGACCUGGAACCAGGUUACCGUUUGUGCAGGACGUCGAGUAUGGAAACACCACACAUCUUGGAGACUGUGAUGGUCUAUUGCAGGAGAGUUUUACGGACGAACCCGAGAGCCUUGUAACUCUGAACCUACUGGUUGUAGCGGCUGUUUCGGCGUUCUCCACCGGUGCGGCGCUCUCAGGCCUCGCCGUGUGCUGGAUCAUGAGCCAGAAGCACCGACAUUGCUCUCGCAGUGACUCCUCAUCCUCAAGCAGCCAACGGAAAAGCGAGAAAGGAAGCAGCAUGCUCGGACCGAGCACCAGCGGCUCGGUGCUGAGCGUAACAGACCGCCCGCGCCCGCAGGGCGAAACGCUGUUCGUCAUGCCUAACGGCUGGACGAAGGCGGGCGAUCUAGACCCAGGCCUGCUACCUACGCCUGAGCAGACGCCGCUGCAGCAGAAACGCCCAGCGCCCUCGCUGCGCCUCUCGGAUUCAGGCUCCAGCUGGGAUCAAAGCCAGACCUAUCUAAAUUCAGUCGGCACCCAAUGUCCGCCACCUCCACCUUCCGCUAUAUUUCUCAGCUCCAAGCUCCUUACAGAUAGGCGGCACGACGACGUCGUUGAACGCCAGCGCUACGUCUCUCUCUCCAAGUACCGUGAUCAUGGUUCGCGCCCAGGCACCAUGCUGCGCAAGUCAGCGGGUGACUACAACUACCCGAUGACCCCUCAGGACUCGCCCGACAGGAGGAGGGUGGUCUCAGCGCCCAGCACGCAAGUCGAGUACAGCGGUGAGGCUCUGCGCUGGACACACGAGAACUACGUCUUUCAUGCCGUGCCGACCCCCGCGCAUCGCUACACCGCAGGCCCCGGACACCCACCCAGCCUGGCCCGGUCUGUUUUGCACGGCUCUCGCGGCCUCAUGGACCUGGCUGACUUCAGCCACCUGCUGGGCAAAGGAGGCAACGAGCGCGCGCCUUCGGGUCAGUGA